GGCGCUGCGUUAUCCGGUCAUUGUGCUUGUGUCAGUGGCAGGGGUCGGAGAGGUUGCGCUGAGGAAGCAACAUGAGGGCAGUUAUUCUAGCGGCGGGAUACGGGACCAGGAUGCAGAGGGAUGUCGACGCGGACACGACCGGUCGGUACCGCCACCUAUCGGGCGUGCCGAAACCUCUGCUUCCGGUGGCGGGGGCGCCACUAGCGAGCCACUGGAUAGCUGCCCUGGAGGAGCUGGGCCGGCUCCAGGAGCCCGUGCCCGUGGACGAGGUGGUGGUGGUGGUCAACGCUGCCAACCGGGCCCGGUUCGAGCGCUGGCGAGACGGCCUGGCCACCAGUCUCAAGGUGACCCUGGUCUGCGACGGCGCCUCCAGCAACGAGACGCGGCCGGGCGCCAUCGCGUGCAUGGCGCUCGGAGUGGGCGACGGCACUGUCAGCGACGUGCUGUUCAUCGGAGGGGACACACUGUUUCCGGCCGAGUUCCGUCUCUCCGAGUUCCUAUCGGCGGUGCGCCGGGAGCUGACCGCUGACCCGCGCUCCUGUCACGUGGUCUCCGUACCCUGUCCGACGGAGGAGGUCAGCCGACGCGGCAUCAUCGAGAUCGACGAGACGCGCCGCAUCGUCGGCUUCAAAGAGAAGCCGCAGCCCAGCGAGACCAGCUCCCGACUGCAGUGUCCGUGUUUCUACUUCAUUCCGGCUGCCAGUCUGUCGCACCUGACGUCCUACCUGGCACACCACCCUUCUUUGGCCGAGCGGGACGCCACCGGUCUGCUGGUGGCAGACCUGGCGCAGCGGGAGCGAGUCGUGGCGCACCCGGCUCCGUCGCGCUACGACGUCGGCAGUCUAGCGAGCUACCUGCAGUGCUGCCGGGAGUUGGAGGCGGCAGGAGUCGGAGACGGGCCGCGGGCGAGCAGCUGAGGAGCGCAGGAUCUGGGAAUGUUCGCUGCCAAGGAACUGAGGAGCUACUCUGUGGGCGGUGGACGUCUCUUACAAUGUAUAGGCGACGGAAUGGACAAUGCGUUGAGCAGAGUGGACGGUGGGCUCAAUGGAAGCCGUCGCUGGUGCGGUUUCAACGUGAUUCGUCUCAGUGGGCAGAUAUUUGAUUGACGCUCGAAUUUGAUGUCUAUUCGAUUGUUGUUUGUGUAAAUUAAUAUACUUUCUUAUUUCUUGGAA